CUAUACAAGGACAUUUAAAACUACGUCGAUUUUAAUGCUAACGUCACUGGCUUGGUGAUCUUCACUAACAUAACGACUAGUUUUACACUCGCUUGAUGAAGACUAGCGGCACGAUCCGGGAAGUCUGAAAAAGACAUGAUGGCGGAUUACGAAGAUGACAAGUCGAGUUCAAGCGACGAUGAAGGGCCGCAGGAGGAGGAAGACAGAGUGAAAACUAAGCCUGUGUCUUGUAGCACUGUUGGAGGACACGGAAGCGCGCACAAACGCACAUCCCAGCACCUCACACCUGAAGAUGAAGACGAGUCUUCAUCAGAGCCACCAGCACCUCGAAAAGUUCCCAAAAUAGGUCUUACUAUGAGCAGUAAGAUGGCGAACAAAUCGAACCCCAUCUCCAUCAAAUUUGGUGCAGCAAAACCCAAAGAGACUGUACCAUCACUUCCUCCAAAAAAGUCUGGGCUGGCAUCUGUUUUUGAUGAUGAUGAUGAUAGUGAACCAGAGGAGAUGCCUCCAGAAGCUAAGAUGAGGAUGAAGAACAUUGGCAGAGAGACACCAACAUCUGCAGGACCCAAUUCCUUCAACAAGGGCAAACAAGGCUUUUCUGAUCAUCAAAAACUUUGGGAGAGGAAGCUAAAGGCCCAAGCAGACAAACCAUAAAUCACUACAGCAGAUUUUUUUUGUCACUAAUUGGUAAUUUUGUACAGGCUAACUAUGUUUGAUAUCUAUGAAGGCUCAAAUGUUUCCUGGCAGUAGACUUGGUUUAUACAACUUAUUAGCUUUUUGGACAUGCAAUGAAAAAUAAUUCCAGCCGUCUUUGCUUUUGAUUUAAUUUGUUUACGUUUCUUACCACUUGUGGUUGAUCUCAGUUACUAAGAAAGUCAUUUUCCUCUGUUCAAGAGGUGUGGACUGAUGGAGAAAGGAUAAAUUAGCCCAAAAAUAGCAGAAUAUUAAAUCUGCCAUAGUUGCUUUCUGUUGGCUAAUUGUAAGAUCUACUAUUUUAAUACCCUUGCACUCUUUUUGUCGGAGGUUUUUCAUUUUCUUUAAUGACGUUCUUGUUCCCACCUGGAGUUGGUUUAGGUACUGUCCUGAGCAAGCGUGUUCCUUGUCUGAUAAUUGUGUAAAAAUGUACAUAGAAGUGUGACAGUUUUUUAAUUUUAAAUCCAUAUGUUGGAGUGUGAGUUUGAUUGUUAUGUACAUGUGGAUGUGUUGCAAAGCAAAUAAGACUACAUAUACAAAUGUAUUCAUCUUUUUGUUUUCUCAACAAAACUGUAAAACUCUGUGUCCACUAGCUGUUCCACCUCCUACCAUCUUCUGUUUUGUGUUUUGUUUAUUAGAGCUUUGUACCAUUUUAUUUUGAAACGCUGUUUCUUUUUGCUUCAGUAAAUCUGGCAAACUUGCUGUAGAGAUAUGCAUCGAUUAAUUUAAUCAUCACGAUAAAUGUUUUUGUAGUUGUCAGCUGUGUUAAACCUUGAUCAUGUAGCCAUGACAUGGAUACCAUUUUAAUGUUAACAACCAUAGUACAUAAAUCUUUGUUGCUUGAAAUAUAUCAGUGAUCAGGCACUUUUACAACCCCCUUUCAUGGCUACCUUAACAUCAGAGAUAUACAUGUCCUUUUAUUUCAGCUAAAUUUCUUACCUCCCUGACUUAUCCAGUACCUGAAGGAGAUUCAGGAAUUCAUUUUCCAUAACAUACAUUGCUGUGUCACCCAACUUUUGUGCUGACAUCAACAUGUCAACAUUCAUACCACAAUUUGUUUUUCACCAAAUUCCUUCUCAGUAUUUGUUUAAAAACAUGUCUGAAGUCUAUAUGCAAAUUGUUUAAUGCAUAUCAGCUGUAACUUAAUGAACUACACUGAUGCAUUCAUAUAAACA